CAACCGUCCGUCGAUGCGAGUUAGAGAACUGCGCGAACUGCAGUCGCGCGCAGUUCAAUCGCCGAACGUAUACUCUGCAGUGUGCAGGAACGCGCGUAUUUUCUUCGAGUGUAAUCAACUAUUUGAUUAUUUACAAAAUAAUGUAUAUAGUGUGUUAAAAAGUUUUAUAUCUUCUUAUGCAUAAAAAUACGUUGAAUAUACUUUUAAACACGACUUAAAUUAGUGUACAUUAAAAAAUAAGACAACUAACUGCAAAAGUCUACACAAACUAAGUGUUAUUAAAUAUCCGAUACAUAUAACAAAUACUAAUCAUUUAAAUUGUAUCACUACACUGUAAAAAAAUUUUCUCAAAAUUAUCCACUAUAAUAGAUGUAAAAUUACUAAAUAGAUGAAAAUUUCCACGCAUUUGUAAAUUUACAAUAUACAAAGUGUAAUUUGAUUGUUAGAGUCUUGCUCCUCUGUUAUUCUCGUUUAUUAUCGUCACAUCCAUGAACAGUCUCCUUCAAGCAAACAAUUCGCGUAUAAAAAGAAAGUCGAUAAUCUUCAACCAUAAAUAUUAAUAUUGAUCUCAGUUAAAACAAAAUUCAACGUCUCUUCUUCAGUCUAAUCAAUACUCUGCGCGCUUUGCUCAAUUUCGAAUAAACUCGAAAACGGCCACUAUAAAGGCAUUUGGCGUAUUUAUCUCGGGAUUAUAGUAGUGUUCGCAAUAGUAAUUUUAACUUUUAAACGUUCAAAAGAAUUUCGACAUCAUUGUCAUCGUUACAUUUUAAAGUGUUUCGUUAAUUCUUGACAUUAAUUAUUUUACUUAAAUCAGUAAAAUUUCCCACAAGCAACAGUUUCGUUUUUAAAAAAAAUAAAAAAUUGGGUUCUGUGUGAUAUCGUAAUUAAUUAAUUCUGGUGAAGAAACUGGUUUCAAGCAUAAUCUUCGACAGCAUUUCUUAAUUCUCUUCAGGAUGAGGUUCGGUCACACGAUUGACGAAUCGCGGAAGAAAUAUCCAGAAAUCACAGACGAGCUUUUGGAGAACCUACAAAAAUGGGCGAAAGAUCGAGGCCUUCCGAGAGUUCCCAAGGAGCAAUUGGCGUUGUUUGCGCACAGUUGUUAUUUCGACAUGGAGGCCACAAAACGAUGCAUGCACGUUUACUACAGAAUGCGCGCCACGAUCCCGGAAUUUUUCAGUAAAAGGGAUUCCAGCCUCGACUAUCUGCAACACUCUUUAAGAGCGUUAGAAUUUGUGAUGCUUCCCAAGCCCGAUAAAAACGGUAACCGGAUAAUUUUUCAUCGACUGGCGGAUUCACGGCCAUCCGAGUACAUGUUCAACGAUGGCAUCAAGCUGCUGCUGAUGUCUAUCGAUGCGAGCCUCUACACAGACGGCUGCUCGCCAGGGUACAUAUUUCUCUUCGACAUGGUCGGCGUGCGACUCGGUCACUUGCCUAGACUAUCGAUAAACAGCAUCCGCAGAUUCUUCGAGUACCUACAAGAAGGCAUGCCAGUGAGGCUCAAAGGCAUUUACGUGCUGAACGCGGUCUGGUUCAUGGAUAAGGUGCUCGCGCUCAUCAAACCAUUCAUGAAACGAGAGCUUUACGAAAUGCUUUACCUUUACACGGGUAAUGUCUCCGACAUAUAUCCUCAUAUACCGCCCGAAUGUCUGCCGAAGGACUUUGGUGGGGAAUUGGAUUGUGUCGCAAGCCUUCACAAAACGCACUGCAUGAAGCUGGAUCACUUGCGAAAUUAUUUCCGGGAGGAGGAAUUUCUGUUUCGCUGCUAUUUGCCCGACAACGUGAAAACAGCGGAUCAAAAAAUUAUAUCAGACGCGACCAAGGAUCUAAAGGACCAUCAAUGGUAGCUGAUGCGAGAUCUUAAGUGUAAAAAAAUAGCGUCAGUGAACCGAUCAGGAAAUUCAUAUGUAUAUAAAGAAUUCUAGAAAAAAAUGAUUUUCUCAAUAUUUCUGAAACGUGUUCCAAUUCGUACCUUUUUUUUAGAAAAAUGGUUCACUAUAGUAGUAAAUCGCGGAUUAACAAAUUUAAACUCGCGCGCGCUAAAUGAAUUCAUGAUAUUAGAAUAUUAGAAAAAGCGCAAAGUUUAACAAAGCGUAUGUUACUUUACCGUAUAAUGUACAAUUGAAUAAAGAUACAAUCGCGUGUAGCGUCAUUAA